AUGCUGAGCCAAACGGCCCCGACUGGAGUGCGCAUCAGGUCUUUUGAAGCAAAGUCCAUUGUCCACGUGGAGGCUUCCGGCCUUUGCUUUACAAUCUGCUACUUGGACCAGCACCAGGACGAGUUCCGUCUCAAGUAUCGUUUGGCGACAGUGGAGAAGGAGAAGCUAAACACCGAAAAGAACGAAGCUCAAGUGCUGCUCGGUAAAGUGCUGGAGAUGCUGGCGUGA